AUGCUCGCGUCAUCGCUCCUCUACGGUCUGUUGGUCGCCGCUUCCUGGGUCGACGCUGCCUCGCCCAAGAAGCAGAUCAAGUACGAAGUUGUCACGGGCAUCUUCCAGCAAGACGAAACUAGCACCGAUCCCAGCACUUUCGACUUCAUCAAGUCCAACUUCGGCCUCAUCAACCGCACAUACCCCAGCGACCCCAAGACCCCCGACAGCAAGUAUGCUACACAAUGGCAGCGUCUGAACAAGUACAUCAAGUACCUGAAUAAGGAGAAAAAGACCCGCUACUCACUGCUGUUCCUCGGUCGUCACGGUGAAGGCUUCCACAACGCCGCUGAGUCCUUCUUUGGCACUCCAGCCUGGAACUGCUACUGGUCCGAGCUUGACGGCAAUGGUACCGUCACCUGGGCGGAUGCAAAGCUCACUCAGAGCGGCAUCAAGCAGGCUCAGGAUGUCAAUGCCUUUUGGCAGCACCUGAUCAACGAUGAAAAAAUCACUCCUCCGGACUCGUACUACACCAGCCCACUCUAUCGCUGUCUAGACACCGCCAAAAUUACUUUCACUGACCUGGCGCUGCCUAAGAAGUCGCCAUUUGUGCCUGUUGUAAAGGAGUUUCUGCGCGAAGGUAUUAGUGCGCAUACCUGCGACCGCCGCAGCAGCAAGUCGUACAUCCACCAAAACUUCCCCAGCUUCGAGUUCGAACAGGGUUUUGCCGAGCACGACCCCUACUGGAAGGAACUCACAGCCGAGCCUUCGGCCGCGCAGGAUAUUCGCUCCAAGGCUGUCUUGGACGAUAUCUUUAGCAGUGAUGACGCCACAUACAUCUCCAUUACCGCGCACUCUGGCGCUAUCGGCAGUUUGCUGCGAGUACUUGGCCACCGCGUCUUCAGGCUUGCGACUGGUGCUGCUAUCCCAGUUUUGGUCAAACAGACGACGCCCACUGGCGACGCGCCGGCCACUACCACUGUGCCUUGGAACUCGCAGGCAACGUGCACUGCGCCACCCACAAUCCGCGAUUCGAGCUGUAACGAUUGCUCGUGCUGUCUUUGA